AACUUAUUCAAAAUCACAUCCAUACUAUUUCCAAACCAGUUUGCACUCUGCAAUAAAUUUUUUAAGGUUUUAUCAAAAUACUUUUGCUACAAUGAGGUUUCGAACGCUAAAGAACAUGUGGCCAAAAAAGAAGUUGGAGCAAUUUCUUAUGGUAUUCAUUUUAUGUGGCUUGCCCGCCAUAUACUAUGUUCUGAUGGAGAUUAUACUGCCGGAGUUGUCGGAUUACGGGUCACCUGGUUACGUAUUUCAGCUGCUGCUGGGAGUGUUUCUCUUUUCGAAUGUGAUGUCAAACUAUGUUAUGUGCAUCCUGGUGGACCCUAGCAUCGAUCCCAAGCUGAUGAAGAGUCAAUUGGAGCGGGGAGAGCACCAAGAGGACUGGCAGAAGUGCGAACAGUGUGAGAUUCUUGCUCCACCCGGAUCACGUCACUGCUGGAAGUGUGGUGUUUGUGUGCUGAAGCGAGACCAUCACUGCUUCUUUACGGGAUGUUGCAUCGGCCAUGAGAACUAUAGAUACUUCUUCUAUUUCCUCAUCUACUUUUUUCUAAGCUGCGCGAUUUCUUUGACGUCAUCAACAAUAUUUAUUUACGUACUUCAUGGGGGCAGAUACCAGCUCUCUAUGCUGACUGAUCUCACGCCGAGCACUUCGAAAUUUAAAAAUGUCCAUUUGAACUCUCUUAUUAUGAGGAUAAUUUAUUUUAAGUUGCCUGAUAGAUACGAGGUGGUGUUCACUCUGGUAUUCGUCAUGCUUUGGAUCGGGGUAUGCGUAGCUGCUUAUGUGGCUUAUGAUCAGUGGUCCCGUGGCUAUAUGUGCUAUGACUUUAAAUUUCAAAACUUUCCUUUUGACCGAAAACUGCGCCGGAACUUUAAGACCUUUUUGGGCAGGCGAAUGAGAUGGACCUGGAUCUCUGGAUUUAUUCCCAGCCAGCUGGACCACGACGGAUUCGAUCUGGACAACCAUCAAGGAUAGCCAAAUAAUGUUGUGCUUUUUAGUAUUUUCAAAAUUACUGGUGCGGUGAAACAUGAAAAAUACAAAUUAAUAUAAGUAAGAUCAAAUUUGGUUAGGCAUGCAAGACUUUAGUCAAAAUUAAAUAUCAAAGUCUUUAAGAA